CUUCUUUCCCCCAAACUUUCUCUCACUAAAACCUCCCCUCACUGCAACCUCCUCUCACCCAUCCAUCCACCCACUCUCUAUGUUCAGACAGAGGAAUGCAGUUUAGAGCCUUCAGCUUUGUUCAAUAGAUUUCUCCUUUUCUCUAUACCGUCCUAAAAUUUUCCGAGGUUAUGGUUUUUUCUGGGGAUUGUUGAAUUUGUUGGAUGCAGAGAACAAAUAUGUAUAUAUGAGAGAGAGAGAGAGUUUAUAUGUCUAGAGCAGUCAAUAAACAGAUUUGUGUUCUUCAAUUGCUGUUGAUUUGGUCUGCAACUGGUAAUUAUCAUGGGAAAUAGUGAAGAAGGGAAGCCUUGUAAAAUUGAAGUUGAACAACCAUCGUCACCAGCGAACGACCAGGGUGCUGCUCCUGUGUAUCCCGACUGGGCGAUGAUGCAAGCUUACUAUGGUCCCCAAUUCGCUGUGCCACCAUAUCUUAACUCAGCUGUUGCUUCUCCUCAUAUCCCUACACCUUAUAUGUGGAUGGUGCCUCCACAGUAUAUGGUACCUCCUUAUGGGGCUUCAUACCCAGGAUACUAUUCUCAUGAAGGUGCUUAUGGGCAUCCUGGAGUUUCGACGGCUGGUACUUCGUUUAGCAUGGCUACACCAGCUGAGUCAUCAGGAAACACCGAUGGAGGCAUUGUGAAGAAGAAGUCGAAAGAUUCUCAGGGGCUUGCAGUUCCAAUCGAGAAUGGAAAUGCUGAUGGUGGUGGACAUGGACCAGAUCGUAGACUGUCGGAAAGUGAGGUGACUGACGAUUCCAGUGAUGGAACAAACGAAGUUACAGCAGAGGCUGGUCAGAGUGGCGUGAAGAGAAGCCGAGCAGGAUCUCCCAAGAGCGCAGCAAAAGGUGACAAGGACCAGAAAAAGGGCAGUGCUGAUGUUGGUCGAGGUUAUGGAAGUACGGAAGAGACGUCUCAUCCAGCAUAUACACCAGCAAAAGCAAAGGAAAACGCAAGUACUGUUCCGGAACUGAAGGGUUCUUCUAUCCUGGACGUGAAGCCGGUAGCAGCUUGUAAUCCGCAGUCAUCAAUUAUUGCAAAUGAAGCCCAGUUGCAGGGUACACCGAAUCAACCGGAGCUGAAAUGGGAGAAGAGGAAACAGUCGAAUCGAGAAUCUGCUAGAAGAUCGAGAUUGAGAAAACAGGCCGAGGCCGAGGAACUAGCCACCAAAGUUCAGACACUAAUUACUGAGAAUAUGACUCUGAAAUCCGAGUUAGAUGAAUUCAUGAAGUUCUCCAAGAAACUAGAGCUUGAAAACGGCACACUAAUGGAGAAGCUAAAAGAUGCUCGACCGGGAGAAGUAGACUUCCUCAAGAUUGACGGUGUGAGGCCAAAACCAGUCGACACAGUGAACCUACUCGCAAGAGUUGAAAGCAAUGGUGCUACGGAGAGAAGGGAUGAGGAUGGUGAUUCGUACGAGCAGAGAAGCCGAGCAGCAAAGCUUCAUCAGCUGCUCGAUGCUGUCGCUGCCGGUUGAUCUACCUUUCUUAUCUUGAUUAUCAGCUGAUCUUGUGGUUUAGGUAUCUUUGCAAGCACAGGAUUAGUUUUUGAUAUGAGAAAUGUGAGAAACCCCAUAAAUAUAUUUUUCACACUAAUGAUUAGUUUUGGAGAGAAAUGCAAAUUUGAGUUCAUUAAUGUCUCAUGCAAUAGCAGUUGUUUUACAUUUUUGGGGA